AGCACAUUUUGAACAACAUCCAUGGGAAUUUCAGAUUUCGCACAGGUGGUUGGUUGUUACACUCUGGAAAUGGAAUGAAGAAAAUAUCUGCUGGAUUUAGUGGGUGUUCCCCAUGUGCUCACAUGCUGUCCGUCCUGUUCCUGCACUCUUAUAGUGCAGUCUGGUCUGCCCGUACACGUCUGACACGUGGAGUGUAACAACCUGAGUUACCGUUUAAAUGAAGCGCAGCUCAUAGGACAGUCCAGAGUGAUGUCAUACUGACAUUUUUCAGGCUGUGAAUGUGACGUGUAAGAAGCAGGCAAGGAAAGCAAGCUGUGGUGACUUUCUCUGGGCACGUUGGAAGUGGAAGCCACAAUGACGUCUACUAGAGAAGAUCUUUGGCACAUUCUUGAGUGUCUGACAGCUGAACAGUUCAAGAACUUUCAGUGGUUCCUCAAGGAGGAGGAUGUGAAAAACAAAUUUCCAGCCAUCGCACAGGCCCGACUAGAAGGAGCGGACAGGCAAGAUACGAUUGAUCUGAUGGUGCAAAAAUACCGCCCCUCAGGAGCUGUGCAAAUAACCAUGAAGAUCUUAGGGAAGAUCAACAGAAAUGAUCUGGUGCAGGAUUUGUCAAACAAGUCAAAUGAAGACCACAAGAUCUCUGCAGCGCUCCCAUGUGAGGAUGAGACAAGGAGGGCCAAACUGAGGGAGAUGAAAGCCCGAAUUGAUCUGAUGAUCAAGGACAGGCAGAUGAAGAUCUGUGAAGUCAGACGCACAGCAGAGCUCAGCAGGAAGUCUGCAGAGCGACAGACCUCAGACAGCAUGAGGGCGUUUGAAGCUCUGGUGGCCUCUGUCCAGAGCAGUCUGGAUAAACUCAUCGGAGAGAUCGAUGAAAAGCAGAAAAUGACACAGAAACAGGCUGGAGGAUUAAUCCAGCAGCUGGAGAAGGAAAUCUAUGAGCUGAACAAGAGUAGCGAAGAGGUGGAGCAACUUACCAAAGACCAACGUGACUCCCUGCCAAGUUUCACAAAUGAGAUGCUGACAGAAGCCAGGUUCCCCCAGCCAUCUUACAAAGAAACUGUGAUAAGCACCGUCACUCAGCUGAAGGAAAAACUCAGCAAAGACAUGGAGAUGUUUCUCGCUGUGACUGAGCUGAACAGGCUCCGGCAGUUUGCAGUGGAUGUGACGCUGGAUCCAGAUACAGCACAUCCCAACCUCAUCCUGUCUGAGGACGGGAAGCAAGUUCACUGUGGUGACAUAAAACAAACUCUCCCAGACAACCAAGAUAGAUUUGACCAGGUUAUUAAUGUUGUGGGAAAGCAGAGCUUCUCUUCAGAAAGCUUUUACUAUGAAGUUCAGGUUAAGGAGAAAAUCUCCUGGGAUUUAGGUGUCGCUAAAGAGUCAAUAAAUAGGAAGGAAUCAAUCAAAGUGAGCCCUGAGAACGGCUUCUGGACAAUAUGUUUAAGGGCAGGAAAAUACAAAGCCUCACGUGUCCAUCUCAGUGUGGGCUCUCAGCCAAGGAAAGUGGGAGUGUUUGUGGAUUAUGAGAAUCGUUCAGUCUCCUUUUAUAAUGCUGAGUCCGCAGAACUCAUUCAUUGCUACACUGACUGCUCCUUCAAAGAGAAACUCCGACCUUUCUUCAGCCCCGGGACUCUUCGUGAUGGCCAAAACUCCACGCCGCUCAUCAUCUGUCCUCUCUAUCACAACUAUCAGAUCUGAUCAGUCAUCCUUUCAACUGCGUGAGACUCAUCAUAGAGUCUUCAGCUUCUCCACCUUUAUUUAUUUAUCACCCCUAAGUGGACAUCUGAAAACAAACCCUUAGCCAACUUUUGAGUGGUUCACUGUUAACCCGAUGGGAGUGUUCAGGGGUUAAUGUAGUUUGUAGUAUUCAGAGGGUCCAGUGUGGCCCGCUGAAUAGCACAAAAAUGUAAUCAACCCUUCACCGACCCCAUGCCACGCAGCAGGGUCAGGACUGGGUCUCCAGUCGUUAAACAGAUGGUGUCAUAUGGGGCUGUUUGAAUUGUUUAUUUUAUCAUCAGUUUUACAGCCUUCAAACUUAAAGCCUGCAGUUUGCCACAUCACACUCAAAUAAGGUGCUUAAGAAAGGAACGUCUAGUAUCUUUGUAAUGAUAAAAGUCUAAGUGAAACGUGGGAAAUACGUUUUUACACACUUCUGAAGUCUUUGUGUGGCUCAUGAGCCAAAAGGAGUUUGACACCCUGAUGUAGGAGCUUCAGAAUUUGUGUUGUUACUUGUGAUCUUGUGGAAGCUUUCACAGACGGGCCACAGUUUUACGCUCAGUACGGCGUUCCCUGACAGAUUUUUUCUCGGUAUUCAGUUACACGGUUGAUCAGGUAACUUUGGCCUGAGCUUAUUUAAGACCAUGCUGGUGACCAGUGCACAUGAGCUUCUGUGUCAUAUUUUACUCUAAAAGUUUAGGGUUUGGUCUCAACUCUAGAGAAGCAAAACCUUCCCGAACAAUCAGAGAGAGAGAGACUGGUUUUCAGCCUUGAGGGUCUUAUUUAACACACAGACAGUCAUUUUUCAAACAUCUCCUCCCUCCAGCAGAUCGUGUUUUACUUGCAUGUCGAGUGUGGGGAUCCAAACUGCGACGGUAACCGUUCUAACUUCGCACGCAGCUAGCAGGAGAUAAGCUCAUUUAAAGGCAGGUGUGGUUUUUCUACAUUUAGACUCUGUGGUCUCACCGAGGCGCGUCUUUCACCAUCAACUAUCGCAUACUUUCUAACCCUCUCUUUUUGCAAAAUGGAACAGACAUGGUUUCAAUUUUCUCACUGAUAGUAUCAAAGAAUAUAGAAACCUUUAAAAUGGCACUUCAUUAGUUUAAAUACAUUAUUACAGGAAAUAUCAUGACUGUCCAGUUCAUCCAUAACAUUCUUCUUCAGUGUCACCUUCUUGUUCCUCAUGCUUAUUCUGCUGAUGGUGUUUCAUAGAGACAUUUUUCCUAGUGCACUGUGCCAUGCCACCACUCACUCAGUGCUUACUUUGAUUUUUCUUUCUGUGUUUGAGCAGGGAUGUCAGACUCCUUUUAUGUCAUAGGCCACUUUGAUGUUAAGUGAAUCAGACCAGUGAAACUGACCUUUCUGUCAGUGUAACUACACAGUUACACCAACACAUCUUAAUAUAAGGCAAAGAAGUGUAGUUUCACCUGUACACCUCAGUUUUUCUGCAUGAUAAAGAAAUAUUACUGUUGGGUCAUUCGACAGGAGCAACAGAAAAAAAAUCCUAAAAUCUGAACGACCCAGGUCUAAAAAAUACACAUAAAAUCAUUCUGAAAUCACAUGAAAGUCGGUUGACGGACGACAAAAAGGUUUCUAAAGUUUCUCUGCAGUCAUUAUAAAUGGUAAAACUUUGGAUGAUAACAUUUUUUGUUCAAAUCAGAGAUGGUCAAAUAUAAAAUGUUUAAAAAUUUUGCUGAUUUAAGAUGGAAUAAAUAAAUGUGUUACAGAAGAAGAUCUGGUAGCUCAUUGUCCAGACUCUCUUGUAAUUUCAAAAGUGAAGGUUUUUGUUAAAAUUCUGAUUUUUAAUUUUUUAAAUACAGAUUCAAAUGAAAUGACAGUUUUCUGUCAUUUCAUUUGGAGUACAGAUGGCAGUGGGUGAGGUCAUUAUCAGUAGGAAAAGCUGUGACCAAUAAAAGUUUAAUCUGGCCUCCGGGCCUUAUGUUUGACA